CGCUGGGGGGUGCUGGGCACCUUGAGGAGCAGGAGCUGGGUCCGGCCCUGCAAGGAUCAAGCUGACCCAGGCUGCAGGACACCCAUGUCUUACUCCAGCGCGGCCCAUGGCCUGACAAGCCAGGAACAGGAAAUGGCUGUGGUGGAGCCGGUGAGCUUCGAGGAGGUGGCUGUGUAUUUCUCUGAGGAGGAAUGGGCUCUGCUGGAUGCGGGUCAGAGAGCCCUCUACUGGGAUGUGAUGCAGGAGAAUUAUGAGGCCGUGAGCUGGCUGGGAUUUCCAGCCUCCACAGCUCAUGCGAUCUCCUGGGUGGAGCAAGGGGAGGAGCUGUGGAUCCCAGAUGUCCAGGGCUGUGAGGAAGGGGAGAUCAUCAGUGACCCCCACACAGGUGAUUGGAUGCUGAGUGAGAAUAAUGAGGAGAGUCUUCAGCAAGAAGAACCAGAGCAAGUGGCUCCAUUUGGGCUAUUACUAGGAAGAUCUGAAGGAUAUGUUUCCCAGAGUUCUGAGCAGAAAGAGAGCUGUGAAUGGCAGCAGGGAAAUUAUCCAGGAGAGGGACAGAAGCAUGUUAAAUCCAAUCACAGGAGCAGAAGGAAGAAAAGAAAAACAGAAAUCAUGGAACAGAAAAUCCUCCAUCAACAAGCACCCUCUGCUUACAGUGACGGCGCAACUUUUAUUGAACAUCAAAGAGCCCACACAGGAGAGAAGCCCUUCACAUGCUCAGACUGUGGGAAAAGCUUCAGGGAGAGCUCAGACCUAAUUAGACAUAGGAAAAUCCAUACAAGAGAGAAAUCUUUUAGCUGCUCUGAGUGUGGGAAAAGCUUCAGUAAGAGCUCACACCUUAUCACCCAUAGUAGAAUCCACACUGGGGAGAAACCCUUCAACUGCUCUGACUGUGGGAAAAGUUUUAAUCAGCGCUCAAAUCUUGUUAGACAUAAGAGAACCCACACUGGAGAGAAACCCUUCAAUUGCUCUGACUGUGGGAAAAGCUUCAGUAAGAGUUCAAAUCUUGUUAAGCAUCGGAUAAUCCACACAGGGGAGAAACCUUUCAGCUGCUCUGACUGUGGGCAAAGCUUCAGUACGAGUUCAAAUCUUGUUAAGCAUCAGAUGAUCCACACAGGAAAAAAACCCUUCAGCUGCUCUGAUUGUGGGAAAAGCUUCAGUCAGUGUUCCUGCCUUACUAACCAUCAGAUAAUACACACAAGAGUGACACGCCACAAAUGCUCUGACUGCGGUAAAGGCUUCAAACACAGGUCAGACUUUAUUAAGCAUAAGAGAACUCACACAGGAGAAAAGCCCUUCAGCUGCUCUGACUGCGGGAAAAGCUUCAGUCAGAGUUCAGACCUCAUUAGACAUAGGAGAAUUCACACAGGAGAGAAACCCUUCUGCUGCUCUGACUGUGGGAAAAGCUACAGUUGCGGCUCAGACCUUAUUACACAUUGGAGAAGCCACACGGGGGAGAAACCCUUCAAUUGCUUGGACUGUGGGAAAAGCUUCCGUAAGAGUUCAGACCUUGUUGCCCAUAGGAGAAUCCACACGGGAGAGAAGCCGUUUAACUGCUCUGACUGUGGGAAAAGCUUCAGUCAGCACUCAAAUCUCGUUAGACAUAAGAGAACUCACACAGGGGAGAAACCCUUCUGCUGCUCGGACUGUGGGAAAAGCUUCAUUCAGAGUUCAGACCUUAUUAAACAUAGGAGAAUCCACAUAGGGAAGAGACCCUAUAACCUGAGUUCCCUUUAAGCUGUGUGGCCAUGUGACUGUGCCACAGCCUAUUCAAUGUAAUGCAAGUGCUUAGAGUUGUGGUGGGGAGAGAUACUUCUACCCACUGGUCUCAACCCUAGCUCACACCUGCCAUGGCCAGGGACAGUUGGCUAUCCCUUGGUUCUGCCCACAGCUGCUAUUGCAGGGAGAGGUGCCUCCCCCAUCCUCACAGCAGCACCCAAGCUGGGGGGGAGUGAGCUGGUGGGAGUCUUCUUUCCCGAAUAUAGCUUUUCAGUAACCUAUACUUCAAAGCCUUUCAUGCUUGAGAUCACACCCCCAGCUGGAGCUCUCACCCCAGCUGGAGCUGCACCUGAAAUCUCUGUCUGAGGCCUUCACCUCUGGCCCCACCCCAGAGCCAGCCCUCACACCCAUGCUCCCCGAGUCUUUCCCCCAGCCCUGAGCCUCUUUUGCACAUCCAAACCUCUGAACCCCAUUCCUACCACUUACUUCUGUGCACCAAUAUUGAGAUGGUGUGUCACACAUUCCCUGCCUAUUGGUGCCCCCUAACAAAACUCAUUCUGCACGCAUGUGGGUAAAAUUAAAUGGAACACUGUGUAUAACUAACCUGAGUGUGAAAAAAGCUUCAGUGAGAGUUCAGACCUUGUUAGACAUAGGAGAAUCCACACUUCAGAGAAAUCCUUCAACUUCUCCUGUGCCACAACCAGUACCGCACCUUACACAGAUGAAGGUUAUCAAAGCCAAUCUCAUCAAAUCCAAACAAAAAACAGUAUUAUGUAGCACUUUAAAGACUAACAAGAUGGUUUAUUAGGUGAUGAGCUUUUGUGGGCUAGA